AUGGCCGACCAGGAGAAGGAGAGCCUGAUGGCUUUGGAGGUGAAGAAUGGCGAUUCGUCCAUCCGCUUCUGCGAAGGUCGCAGCUUUGGCGCCAACCGCAGUGUCGCCGGCGAGCUGGUCUUCCAAACUGGUAUGGUCGGUUACCCCGAGUCCAUUACUGAUCCUUCAUAUCGCGGCCAGAUCUUGGUCAUCACAUUCCCUCUCGUGGGUAACUAUGGUGUGCCUUCACGAGAAGAGCGCGAUGCUCUGCUACAAGACCUCCCCGCUCACUUCGAGGCCUCCGAAAUCCACAUUGCUGGUCUCAUCGUUGCAUCGUACUGCGGCGAAGACUACUCCCACUACUUGGCGACCUCCUCCCUCGGAACAUGGCUCAAGGAGCAGAAUGUGCCCGCUGUCUACGGCGUCGACACACGAGCCUUGACGAAAAAGAUCAGAGAACAGGGUAGCAUGCUGGGCCGAUUGCUCAUGCAGACUGGGACAAAAAAAGUUGCCAAUGGCAUCCCUGCCGCGAGCGGCCUCGAAACUCCCAACAAUGCCACACCGGCUGCAACACCUGGUGUUGGCGCAAGCCUCCUGGCAGUCAACAAAGCACUGGUGCCGAAUGGUACCAAUGGAGCAAAUGGAUACUUCAACGGAACCACCAAAGAGGUGGCAGUCUUCGAAGACAUCCCGUUCUCCGAUCCUAACACCAGGAAUCUGGUCGCCGACGUUUCAACCUCCACACCCAAGAUUUACUCCCCAAGUGCGUCCAAUGCGUUGCGUCAUCCGUCAGGUAGAGCCGUGCGUGUUCUGUGCGUCGAUGUCGGUCUCAAAUACAAUCAAUUGCGAUGCCUGGUGUCGCGCGGAGUCGAGGUUGAAGUCGUGCCAUGGAACUACAACUUCCCGGAGCUGGCAGGCAAGGAAUACGACGGUCUGUUCAUCUCCAACGGACCAGGUGAUCCAGCCAUGAUGCAAGAGACGGUCAAGCACAUCAAACAGACAAUGGACGAAGCUCGGGUGCCAAUCUUUGGUAUCUGUCUCGGACACCAGCUUCUCGCCCGUGCGGCAGGCGCUGAAACGAUCAAGAUGAAGUUCGGUAACCGCGGACACAACAUCCCCUGUACGAGUCUCCUCUCUGGGAAGUGCUACAUUACUUCUCAAAACCACGGAUAUGCCGUCAACUCCGAGACCUUGCCCACUGGCUGGAGUGAGCUGUUCGUCAACGCCAACGAUAACAGUAAUGAGGGUAUACGCCAUGUCAGCCGACCAUACUUCAGUGUGCAAUUCCACCCCGAAAGCACCCCUGGACCGCGGGAUACCGAGUUCUUGUUCGAUGUGUUCAUCCAGACUAUCACCGAUACGCUCAAGGACGCCUCGCUCAUGCAAAGCCCGGUCGCUUUCCCUGGAGGUGACGCUGCCGAGAACGCCGCUCUCAAGCCACGAGUCGAUGUCAAGAAGGUUCUUGUGCUUGGAAGUGGUGGAUUGAGCAUUGGUCAGGCUGGAGAGUUUGAUUACUCUGGAAGCCAGGCCAUCAAGGCGCUCAAGGAGGAAGGAAUUUACACGAUUCUCAUCAAUCCGAAUAUCGCCACUAUCCAGACGUCGAAGGGUCUGGCAGACAAGGUCUACUUCCUCCCCGUCAACGCAGACUUCGUCCGCAAGGUCAUCAAGCACGAACGUCCAGACGCCAUCUACUGCACGUUCGGUGGUCAGACUGCUUUACAGGUCGGCAUCCAGCUCAAGGAUGAAUUCGAGUCUCUCGGAGUCAAGGUUUUGGGUACUCCAAUCGAUACGAUCAUCACCACCGAGGACCGUGAGCUCUUCGCCCGCAGCAUGGAGUCUAUUGGAGCGCCUUGCGCCAAGUCGAAGUCUGCCAAUAAUAUGGCUGAAGCAUUGGAGGCCGUGGAGGAGAUCGGCUACCCGGUCAUCGUUCGUGCUGCCUACGCCUUGGGUGGUUUGGGCAGUGGAUUCGCCUCGAACAAAAAGGAGCUUGUCGAUCUUUGCAACAUUGCUUUCGCCGCUAGCCCGCAGGUCCUCGUUGAACGCAGUAUGAAGGGCUGGAAAGAGGUCGAAUAUGAAGUCGUCCGCGAUGCUCACGACAACUGCAUCACGGUGUGUAACAUGGAGAACUUCGAUCCUCUUGGAAUCCACACUGGCGACUCGAUCGUUAUCGCGCCAUCGCAGACCCUAUCCGAUGAGGACUACAACAUGCUCCGAACAACGGCUGUUCGCGUCAUUCGACACUUGGGUGUGGUUGGAGAGUGCAACAUCCAGUAUGCCCUCAACCCAGACAGCAGGGAGUACUGCAUUAUCGAGGUCAACGCACGUCUUUCUCGAUCGUCCGCACUGGCAUCGAAGGCUACUGGCUAUCCGCUUGCCUUCGUUGCGGCCAAGCUGGGUCUCAACAUUGCCCUCAACGAUAUCAAGAAUACAGUCACCAAGGUCACCUGCGCAUGCUUCGAGCCUUCGCUCGAUUACGUUGUGGUCAAGAUUCCUCGCUGGGAUCUGAAAAAGUUUACACGUGUGUCGACUCUCCUCGGAUCCUCCAUGAAGAGUGUUGGCGAAGUCAUGGCCAUUGGUCGAACGUUUGAGGAAGCAAUCCAGAAGGCUAUCCGAUCAGUGGAUCCAGGCAACCUAGGCUUCAACGACACUCCCGCCCUCAUGUCCAUCGACAUCGACACCGAGCUGCAAACGCCAUCCGACCAGCGCAUGUUCGCCCUGGCCAAUGCCAUGCACGCCGGCUACACCGUCGACAAGAUCUGGGAACUGACCAAGAUUGACAAGUGGUUCUUGAGGAAGCUGAAGAGCCUCAGCGACUUCGGCAAGCUGAUGACCAGCCACACUGUGGACAACAUCUCCACGAGGCUUUUCCGCCAGGCCAAGGAGAUGGGAUUUUCAGACAAGCAAUUGGCUCUGUUCUGGAGCAGCAACGAGCAGCACGUUCGCCGAAGCAGAAUCGAAGCCGGCAUUACACCGUUUGUCAAGCAGAUUGAUACCGUUGCUGCUGAGUUCCCAGCUUUCACUAACUACCUGUACCUCACAUACAACGGCAGCGAGCAUGACGUGACCUUUGAGGAUAGAGGUGUUAUGGUUCUGGGCUCGGGUGUCUACCGCAUCGGAUCCACCGACUACGACGAAGCCGACCGACUGUACUUCGAGAACAUCACACUGGAGACUGUCCUCGACAUCUACGAGAUGGAGCACUCGAGUGGUGUGAUCUUGUCCAUGGGUGGUCAAACACCUAACAACAUCUCUCUCCCGCUCUACCGAGCCAAUGUCAAAGUCCUCGGUACCUCGCCAGAGAUGAUCGACACCGCAGAGAACCGCUACAAGUUCUCUCGUAUGCUUGACAGACUUGGCGUGGAUCAGCCGCAGUGGAAGGAGCUUACCAGCAUUGACGAGGCCAAGGUCUUCUGCAAGAAGGUCACCUACCCUGUGCUUGUCCGGCCAUCUUACGUGCUGUCUGGAGCCGCGAUGAACACCGUCUACUCCGAGCACGAUCUCAAGAACUACCUCAAUCAAGCUGCCGAGGUGUCGAAGGACUAUCCAGUCGUCAUUACCAAGUAUAUUGAGAACGCCAAGGAGAUCGAGAUGGAUGCUGUGGCACGCCACGGUGUCAUGAUCGGUCACUUCGUCUCCGAGCACGUCGAGAAUGCUGGUGUACACUCUGGGGAUGCCACUCUUAUCCUUCCACCGCAGGAUCUGGACCCAGAAACCGUUCGCAAGAUCGAGGACGCGACCCGCAAGAUUGGUGAUGCGCUCAACAUUACCGGGCCUUACAACAUCCAGUUCAUCGCCAAGGACAACGAGAUCAAGGUAAUCGAGUGCAACGUUCGUGCCUCUCGAUCCUUCCCAUUCGUAUCAAAGGUCAUGGGUUUGGAUCUCAUCGCAAUGGCUACAAAGGCUAUGGCUGGCCUGCCAGUCCGUGCCUACCCACCGUUGAACGUGCCAGCCGACUACGUGGGCGUGAAGGUCCCUCAGUUCUCAUUUUCCCGUCUCGCGGGCGCUGAUCCAGUCAUGGGUGUCGAGAUGGCCUCCACCGGUGAAGUCGCUUGUUUCGGUCGCACCAAGUACGAAGCAUACAUGAAGGGUCUCAUCUCGACCGGUUUCAAGAUGCCAAAGAAGAACGUUUUGCUCUCGAUCGGCUCUUACAAGGACAAGGUUGAGAUGCUGCCAUCCGUCGAGACGCUUUACCGACUGGGAUUCAAGCUCUUCGCUACCGCUGGUACCGCCGACUUUUUGGAAGAACACAACAUCAGCGUGCAGUUCCUCGAAGCUCUCGGCGACGAUGACCAGCGCGAGGAAUACUCGCUCACCCACGCUCUCGCAAACAAGCAGAUCGACCUAUACAUCAAUCUGCCCUCGAGCAACAAGUUCAGACGGCCAGCCAGCUACAUGAGCAAGGGUUACCGCACUCGUCGUAUGGCAGUCGACUUCCAGACACCGCUCGUGACCAACGUAAAGAUUGCUAAAAUCCUCAUUGAGGGUAUCUCCCGCAACUACGACUUCAAUAUCACCAGCGUGGACGCUCAGACAUUCAGCGAGAUGCCCAUCACACAAGCUGUUCUCCCCGCGCCGGCAAUCAUCGAGCCAUUGGAGGAAAUGCUUAAGAAGUCACCAUUCAAGGGCAAGGACAUUGUCUCCGUCAAGCAAUUCUCGAAAGAAGAUCUGCAUCUGCUGUUCACCGUCGCCGCCGAGAUGCGUCUGGGCGUGGAACGUGACGGCUGCCUCGAUAUCCUCAAGGGUCGCGUGCUGGCUCUCCUCUUCUUCGAGCCUUCCACUCGUACUUCCUGCUCUUUUGAAGCUGCGAUGAAGCGUCUCGGAGGUGAGACCGUGGUCGUCAAUGAAGCCCACUCCAGCACCAAGAAGGGCGAGACCUUGGAGGACACCAUCCGCACUCUCGAUCAAUACGCCGACGCCAUCGUCCUUCGCCAUCCCGACAACGACAGCGCCGAGCUGGCCGCCCUCUACGCCGGCAACCCCGUCAUCAACGCCGGCAACGGCUCCCGUGAGCACCCAACGCAAGCCUUCCUCGACCUCUUCACCAUGCGCGAGGAACUCGGCACCGUCAACGGCCUGACCAUCACAUUCACCGGCGACCUCAAAUAUGGCCGCACCGUGCACUCGCUGUGCGAGCUCCUCCGCCACUACAACGUGACUGUCCAACUCGCCGGUCCAGCAGCCCUCGCUCUUCCCAGCAAAGUCAAAGCCGCGCUCAAAGAACGCGGCCAAUUGGGUCUCGAGUCUGAACGUCUCACGCCCGAGAUCAUCGCCAACACCGACGUGCUCUACUGUACCCGCGUGCAGAAGGAGCGCUUCGAUGACGUGGAGGUUUACGAGUCGCUGAAGGAUGAUCUGAUUGUCAGCUCCAAGACCUUGAGGGAUGCGAAGAAGAACAUGAUUGUCAUGCACCCGCUACCGAGGAAUGAGGAGCUGGAGCGCGAGGUGGACGAUGAUCCGAGGGCGGCGUAUUUCAGACAGAUGAAGUACGGCAUGUUUGUGCGUAUGGCUUUGUUGGCGCUUGUGAUGGGCAAAUAG